CUCAGAAUUUUUGAUAGACGAAGGAAAUUCCUCCCAAGUAAUCAUUUUGGUUUUAAUUUAAUUUAAUUGUCCUUGUUUUCAGUUUAGUGUUUAUGGUUCAAGUAUGUAAAUUUUGCUAAUGUACCUAUUCUUUUUUUUCCCUUAGUCAAAUGAUGAUUACACUGUUCCGAAUAGCAUGAUUUCUCAGUUGAUGAACAAGAAAAUUGUCUUCAUAGUGGAUCCUAGACCCAUUGGAUAUGAAUUGAAUACAUCUCUUCAUGUUGUUCGUGCAAUAUGUGAUGAUAUUGAUAUUGUCAGGUUUUUGGAGGACUCCACCCAUGAUAAUCAACAGCAGAAAUUUCAUCUGGAUCCCUUUGUUCCUCAUUUUCCUUUCGAAUUUAAGAAUCCAGUUGAGUUUCACUCCAAUGCAAGCAUUCAAUGUUCGUCGAGCUCAAGUGCUCCAGUGCGUCAGGCUUCACCGAUUUCUGUUCUGAACUGGAAUUGUUGGACUAUUAACCAUGAUUUUCAUGCAAGAAUCUCGUCCUCACAAGGUUCCAAUUUAGUUGGGAAUCAUCAGCCUCUCACUAUUAGGGAAGAGCUUCGGAGUGCCUUUGGACAAUGUGAAAAUACUGGCGAAUCUAUUUUGCAUGGUUAUUAUAUAUAG